AUGACGGAUGCCGAUUCGACCGUCUCAUUGGAGGCCGGCCAGCAACAGUCGCCCGAGCUAAGGAGGCUCAGCGUCCGCUGUGCGCUCGCCAAGAAAGAAUGGGACGAACUGAUCCGCACGGGCAGGAAAACAAUGACGACGCGACGGGAGCUGAGCACAAAGUGGAACGUCGAAUACUCGGUGCUCUGCCGGACGCUGCGGCGGAAUGACCACCGGCGCAUCAGGUCGCGCCGGUCCGACCACGCUUCUGACGUGAGCACCUCCUUGUUGGCGGCGAAGCCACCCAUGCUGCCGUCUUCCUCCCCGGGACCCGAGGUGCUGCCCUAUCUACCCGGCGCCUUGAAGGAGGUCAUCCAGGCACCACCGGCCUCAAAGGCGGCGCUACCCCAGCCGACGGCCACGCCCGUGUCGCAGCUGUGCGAGCUGCUCGACGCGCGCCUGGACACGCCGAUACCGGCCACGUCCGCCAUGCGGCGCGUCAAUGAGCGGCACCUCGAAAGCGAAAAGGGCGGGUGGACCGCCGUGUCGGGCGACCAGGCCUCGCUGCUCAGCGACAGCGAGGAGGAGGUCAUCCGCAAAUGGUUCCGCUUCCGGCUCGACGUCGCGGACCUCGUCACCGUCUACGAGAUGGUCGACGCCGCCAACUCGGCAAUCCUCAUCAGCACAAAGGGCGUCCCGCUGGACGAGGAAGGCGGCCAGCCCUGCAUCCCACUCCAGACGGUGCGCUUCGCCACCACGCGCUGGGCUCGCGACUUCAUGCUCCUGAGGCCCGACCUCUUCUGGAGCACGGUCAAGCCGCGCCUUUUCGACCUCAAGGAGCGCCCUGUUCCCGACACCCACUGCUUCAUCGAGUGGUUCUACGGCGCCUCGGGCCCCGAGGACAAGGAGAUCGAACCCAAACCGGUGCCGCCGAUGCCUGACGAUGCUGACACGAGUGCUGAUAUCGCUCCUGAAUAG